CAAAAUGGCGGAGUUGGAAAUCGGAAAGCAUUGCACUGUACAACAUUGUCGGCAGUUAGAUUUUCUACCAUUUGUUUGUGAUGCUUGUUCAGGAACCUACUGCCUUGAACAUAGAAAUAAAGAUGCUCAUGGUUGUUCUGGGGUACUAAUAAGAAAAGAACCAGUUCAGUCUGAAGGAUCAUCUUACAGUUGCAGUUUCAAAAGUUGUAAGGCAAAUGAACUUGUGCCAAUAAUUUGCCCGGAAUGCAAUAAACACUUUUGUCUGAAGCAUCGACACCAGUCAGACCAUGAUUGUGAAAAGCAACAGGUGUCUAAAUCACACUUGUUUGUCAUUCAGCAAUCAAAAGAAGAGGCUGUUGCCAAUAAAGCUAUCCCAGUGAAGAAGGGAAGAACUGGAGCAAAGAAUGAUGCAACAGCAGCAAAAGUUGCUCUGAUGAAGUUGAAGCUGCAUGCUGUUGGUGACAAGUCCAUUCCACAGAGUGAGCGAGUAUAUUUUCAAGUGUUUUUGCCGAAAGGAAGCAAAGAGAAAAGCAGACCAAUGUUCUUCUGUUUGAAAUGGAGUAUUGGGAAAGUUGUGGAUAUAGCAGCUUCAUUGUUGAACCUUAGGAAUGACAACAAUAUUUUGGCAUGCAAGAAAUUGAAACUGUGUCAUGGUGAAUCUGGAAAUGUACUCCCAAUGGCAAAUACUUUGGAAUGGUGGAUAACAAGUACUAACAGUCCACUAAAAAAUGGUACAACAGUUAUCCUGGAGUAUUUAGACAAUGAUACUUUAAUAUUGGGAAACACAAGCUCAUACAUGGAAUGACAACAAGUAUAAUGAACAAACUUAAUCAUUGUAAUAGGAAAGAACUUGCUUCUGGUUACGUAUACAUUGAUGUAAUAUAAUCUUGUCAAAAAUGCUGUGUAUAUAAAAUAUCAUUUUAUGGCCAAGACUGUGUCUUUUACUAAAAAAGAACCUUUAAUCCAUCCACAACCAUUGUUAGCUUUAUUAAGAGCAAUUGUAACUGAAGUUGAACUGACUUUAUUUGGAGCUGAAAAUGGAUUUUCAAAAAUGAUCUCUCAUUUCUAUUUUUAUAAAUGUUGGUGUACAUCUUCAAAUCUAUUUGAUAACAAUUAUUACAGGAUAUUGUAAAUUGGCAAUGGUGGUACCCUAUCAAAAAUACAGACGUCUGUGCUUAAAUAACAUCAAAUUCUAAAACUGACAUCAAUGAUUCUGAUCGUUUAUAGUCCAGCACCUGAUUGAUCUUAAGCUUAAUAGACAUUUUAAAAAUCAAACUUCCGUACCAAUCUCCUCCACGGAAGUAAAUCCACCACUCCUGUGAGAUCUGAGCUUUACCUUGUACAGUUUGAUAUCAACUUAAUAUACAUAAAUACUGCCUUUGCCCCAAAGACCAGAGAAGAAAUGAAACAAUCUGAAGCAGGCACUAGAUAACCAGUGUACAGAAGGGGAAAAAACAUGUUAGUUAAACAACCUCAAAUCAAAUCAAGUUUAAUUGUCAUUCAAAAUGCAUACAGCUGAAUGAAACAGCAUUCCUCUGGGACCAGGGUGUAAAAAUAUACAUGCACAUUCAAAAUAGCAAGGAAGGAAAAGAAGAACAUAGUCACAUAAGAAACCACAUUUUUAGUCCAAGACCUUGAGCUACAAGUCCGGCAAUUUGAUGGUACCUGGCAGUCUGGCCUGUAGUUCCACUGAUCCAACACUGGAGGGCAGCGCUAACAGGCGAGGCCACAACCAAUGGAGCCUGGACACCACGCUACAACACAACCCUGCUUCUUGAGGCUCAGUCCUUGCUACAACUGAAGCGACACUGCUGCCUUGCCACCUGUCCCAUCACCAAACAAGGGAAGCCGGCCUAUGGAAAUCAAUGUCCAACAGGGUCUUGCAAUUGUAAAACAAACAUCCAAGGCAAUCACGGUUUCACUGCACACUACCUUUGUCCCAUCUUGAAGGCACCAACUCCGCUGCCUCUGAUUAGCAGGCAACAGCAUAGUCUUUCAAACCCCAUCUGGGUCCUGGAGCCAAAUUGAACCCCUUGGUCCAAUGGUCAGGCUCGAAUCCCCCAGACCAAAGGCCCAACUUGCCUCCUCUGGACUGCAGGCUGGCUCUGUUGGUACUCUGACCGGCUACUCCGAACAAUGAAUGGCUCACUGAUGCCCCAGAGAGGCCUCUGUGUGUAUACGCACUGCCAUCUUACCUGUAUUCCCAUGCUGUAUUAAUUCUUCCUUUGACAUACUGUAGUACAAUAGUUUGUUACACGUUUCUCCAACCUGCUUCAGGUAGAUUGUAUUUACUGUGUUAAUUUUAAAUAUUAACUUGAUGAACAGUAAGAAACAUUUUAAAGGGUUUUAGAGAGGCUCAGAAUUUGGGUAGAAACUUUCAUGGCACAACGCCUAAGCAGCCUUGGGCAUGGGCAUCCACCGUAAUUAAAGUUAAGGAUGUACAGGGUUUGGAAUUAGAGGAACAUAGAGAUUUUGGGUGGUUAUAGAACCAGACAAAAUUUUGAAAAUACAAUAACUAAUCUAUUCUGUGAAUUGAGAAAACCUAUGAUAAAUUUCAACUGUCAGUUUACCAGACCAGCAAGAGGGUGAAUGAAACAAUAAAAACAAAAUAAAAAUGCUCUAAAUAUUUCCCAACACUCUCAAAAUGCUGCAGGAACAAUGAAUAUACAGUCGACAAUUCGGGCUGAGACCAUUCAGACAGGCUAAACACUUAGUAGCUCAGGCCACAUCUGUGGAAACAAGAAAUAGACAAUGUUUCAGGACCAAGACACUUUGCAAGAACUAGAAUGAGAAAAAAAGCAGAAUGAGAGGGUAGGGGAGAGAUAGCUAGGACCAAAGGAAUAUCUCUAAUAGGGUAAGGCCAGGAUUGUGAGAAAAACUUCUGAAAUUGUGAAAAGGGCAUGCCUUAUUGAUCCUUCCCCCCCCCCCACCAACCUCUGUGCAACUUAAAAAACAACUUUUUUUACUUUCCCAAUUAUCAUAGUGACUUUUGAUCUGAAACAUUAACUCCAUUUCCCUUUCUGCAGAUGCAGUCUGACCUGCUGAAUGUUUCCAGCAUCUCCAACCUGAUGGCAUGAACAUUGUCUUCUCAAACUUACGCUAAUGCCCCACCUUUUAUUUAUUUAUUUAUUUAUAUACACACUUUCUUUUUCUCUCUCUCCUUUUUCUCCCUCUGUCCCUCUCACUUGCCCAUCCUCUGGGCUUCCCCCUCCCCCUUUUCUUUCUCCCUAGGCCUCCUGUCCUAUGAUCCUCUCAUAUCCCUUUUGCCAAUCAACCGUCCAGCUCUUGGCUCCAUCUCUCCACCUCCUGUCUUCUCCUAUCAUUUCAGAUCUCACCCUCCCCCUCCCACUUUCAAAUCUCUUACUAGUUCUUCUUUCAGUUAGUCCUGACAAAGUGUCUCGGCCCGAAACAUUGACUGUACCUCCUCCUAGAGAUGCUGCCUGGCCUACUGCGUUCACCAGCAACUUUUAUGUGUGUUGCUUGAAAUUCCAGCAUCUGCAGAUUUCCUCAUGUUUGCGGUUCUGGCAUCUUCUGUUUUUAUUUCACAUUUUUGACAUCUACUGUUUCUUAAGUUUCAAGAUUUGGUGUAGUCAUGUUUGAAAUAAGCUUAUGAUGUAAAACAUUUAAAAUAUUUCUAUUCCUGAUUCUUGCCUAAAAAUUGUAUAUUAAUUUCAUUGUUUUGAGUUUAAUCUUUAAGCCUUUCCAGAUUUGGAAUAUUUAAAACUUGCCUUUAAUGUGCUAUUUAUGGACUGGCAUCAUUUGGUAAUGUACAUUAAUAUUUGAAUGGAUGUCCAACAGUUCUUUCAUUGACUGCU